AUGGCCGAGUCCAAAAUUUCAGUAGCUCAGGACGAGUUCAGCUGUUCAGUCUGUCUGGAAACACUGAAGGAUCCAGCUGCUAUUCCAUGUGGACACAGUUUCUGUAUGGUGUGUAUUAAUAACUGCUGGGAUCAGGAGGAUGAUAAGGGAGCAUACAGCUGUCCACAGUGUAGACAAACCUUCACUCCAAGACCUGUUGUGAGGAGAAACACAAUUCUGGCUGGAGUUGUGGAGAAACUGAAGAAAACAGAACCUCAAGCUCCACAUCCUGGUCACUGUUCUCCUGGACCUGAAGAUGUGGAUUGUGAUUUCUGUACAGAGAAAAAAUGCAAAGCAGUAAAAUCCUGUCUGGUGUGUUUGGUCUCUUUCUGUGAAACUCACCUUCAACCUCAUUAUCAGAUUCCUGCUUAUAAGAAUCACAAGCUGGUUAAAGCCUCCAGGCGACUUCAGGAUCAGAUCUGCUCUCAGCAUAAUAAACUGCUGGAGGUUUACUGUCGUACUGAUCAGCAGUGUAUCUGCCUGAUGUGUACCAUGGAUGAUCAUAAAGGACAUGAUACAAUAUCAGCUGCAGCAGAAAGAACUGAGAAACAGAAGCAGCUGCUGAAGAUCCAGAGAAAAUUCCAGAAGAAAAUUCAGAACAGAGAGAAGGAACUUUGUGAGCUGAUAAACGCUGUGGAGUCUCACAAGACAGCAGAAGUAAGUCAAGCUGAAAAACUCCUGAAACAGGUGGAGCAGCAGAUUGUAGAGCUGAAGAGGAAAGAUGCUGAACUGGAACAGCUUUCACACACAGAGGAUCCCGUCCAUUUCCUCCAGAAUUUUCAGUCUCUCUCGGCUCCUGCUGGAUCUGCAGAAUCAGCCGCCAUCACAAUCAGUCCUUUCCUCUCAUUUAAUGAUGUUACAAAGUCUGAAAUCAGAGAAGAUUUUCUACAAUAUGUUUGUCGGUUCACACUGGAUCCAAACACAGUAAAUAAAAACCUCCGUCUGUCUGAGGAGAACAAAGUGGUGACCUGCAGUGAAACAUCACAGUCGUAUCCUGAUCAUCCAGAUAGAUUUGAUGUUCGCUACCAGGUUGUGUGUAGAGAGAGUGUGAGUGGACGCUGUUACUGGGAGGUUGAGUGGAGUGGGAAUGAUGGGGUUUUUAUAGCAGUGUCAUAUAAAAGCAUCAGCAGGAAGGGACGUGGUGGUGAGUGUGUGUUUGGACGGAAUGAUCAGUCCUGGAGUUUGUUAUGUUCUCCAUCCAAAUUUUCAUUCUGGCACAAUAACAUAGAGACUAAAAUUCCCAUAAUGCCGAGUUCCUCUAGAAUAGGAGUGUAUGUGGAUUAUGAAGCAGGAACUCUGUCCUUCUACAGCGUCUCUGAUACAAUGAAGCUCCUCCACAGAGUUCAGACCACGUUCACUCAGCUCCUCUACCCGGGGUUUUAUCUUGAUUAUGGAUCAGAAGUGAAACUGUCAGAUUGAACAAAUUAAAUGUAAAAUUUACAUGAAAGUGUAACAUUAAACUGUUUGAGUGAUUUUAGAAUCUGUGAGGCAGUGAUACAUUUAUGAAGAUUUUCUUUUUCAAU